GGGCCGGCCCGCGCCGCCCGGCCUGGAGGGGCGGGGCUCGAGCCCCUCGGCGCGCGGCGCCAUAGAGCGCUGCCGGAGGACCGCAGUCCUAGAGGCGUCCGGAAGUGGCACCGUGUGGCGCCCGCGGCGCAUCAUAGAGCCCGGGGGGCGGCGGCCCGGGGGCGGCGGUAGUUUCUUCCUAGAGCGGCGAGGACGGGGCGGCGGCCGGAGGGGGAGCGAGGAGGGGGAGCGGCGCGGGCGGAAGCGGCCGGGAAGGUCACUUCCGGCCUGGGCGCCCGUCCCCCUGACCCCAGGGUCUGAGUCGCCGCUGCCGCCGCUGCCACCAUCCGCCAGGGAGGACGACGAGGAGGAGUGAGACGCGGCGGCCCCGGGACCUAGGAGGGACCCAGACAUGGAGCUUCGGGAGGAGGCCUGGUCUCCGGGGCCGCUGGACUCAGAGGACCAGCAGAUGGCCAGUCAUGAGAACCCAGUGGACAUUCUCAUCAUGGAUGACGAUGACGUCCCCACUUGGCCCCCGACAAAGCUGUCCCCAGCCCCGUCAGCGCCCACCGCAGGCCCUCCACCCCGGCCACGCCCGCCUGCCCCCUACAUCUGCAACGAGUGUGGCAAGAGUUUCAGCCACUGGUCCAAACUGACGCGGCACCAGCGCACACACACGGGCGAGCGGCCCAACGCCUGCAGCGACUGCGGCAAGACCUUCUCCCAGAGCUCGCAUCUGGUGCAGCACCGACGCAUCCACACAGGCGAGAAGCCCUACGCCUGCUCCGAGUGCGGCAAGCGCUUCAGCUGGAGCUCCAACCUCAUGCAGCACCAGCGCAUCCACACAGGCGAGAAGCCCUACGCCUGCCCCGACUGCGGCCGCAGCUUCACACAGAGCAAGAGCCUGGCCAAGCACCGGCGCUCGCACAGCGGCCUCAAGCCGUUCGUGUGCCCUCGCUGCGGCCGCGGCUUCAGCCAGCCCAAGAGCCUGGCGCGCCACCUGCGGCUGCACCCCGAGCUGUCGGGGCCCGGGGUGGCGGCCAAGGUGCUGGCAGCCAGCGUGCGCCGCGCCAAGGCGCCUGAGGAGGCAGCCGCAGCGGCCGACGGCGAACUCGCCAUCCCGGUGGGCGAUGGCGAGGGCAUCAUCGUGGUGGGUGCGCCAGGCGAGGGGGCUGCGACGGCCGCGGGCAUGGCGGUGGCAGGGGCCAGGGCGCCCGGGCCCCGCUCACGCCGCGCUCCAGCCCCCAAGCCCUAUGUGUGCCUGGAGUGCGGGAAGGGCUUCGGGCACGCGGCCGCGCUGGGCACCCACCAGCGUGCCCAGCACGGGGACGGCGCCGGGGCGGCAGGUGAGGAGCCGGCGCACAUCUGCGUGGAGUGCGGUGAGGGCUUCGUCCAGGGCGCGGCGCUGCGCCGGCACAAGCGCAGCCACGCCGUGGGCACGCCCUCCGUCUGCAGCCGCUGCGGACAGAGUUUCUAUCCGGCCGCCCACGACCAUGAGGAUGACGACGCUGCCGCGGGCCGCUGCAGCGAGUGUCGCGGCGGGGAGGCCCGGUAGGGGUGGCGGGGCCCGGGGGGGCACCGGGCCCCUCGGGCUUGGCAGGAGCCACUGGCGGCACAGCCCCAGAAACCAGGAGGCGGACAGAGGGAUGCCAUGGGCCCCACCGUCGUCUCAACCCUGGCGUCUCCCGCCCUGGUCCUGCGAGAGGCCACGGGAGCUGAAGUGACACAGAUGGGGACACCUGGCCACGGAGUCAGAGAGGAAACGCUCCCCCGCCAGGGAAGAAAGGUGGGGGGCUUGCCUUCUAGAGUACUCAUAGCCCUACUGCCUCUGGCCCGCUCCUUCUCGCGGGAACCCCAGUCUGUACUCCUGUUCGGGGUAGCUGAGGACUGAGAAGCAGCACUAGACUCUGCUCCAAGUGCCCCUCGGGAGGGGGGGCGGGGUCAAUAAAAGGCAC